CUGUCUGAACCUCUUGGAGCAUCCCCCAUCCCAGCCGUCCAUCACCUCGUUAGUGCUUCAUAGCUGUGGGUCCAGCCUGACUGACCUAGAGCUGGAGCUGGUACAAAGGAGCAGUGUCCCUGCUUUGGCCUCAGCCCUCACGAUGACGAAGUGGACUUCCUUCAGGGCCACUGAGACCUCAAAACCUGCAACCCAUUGGUGCUCCUUUAGGCAAAGGCGGCGCCUGACGCUCCCAGUCAGUGACUCCCUCAGUGGGGCCCCAGACAUAGGUACUGGUUCUGCUUCCAGUGGACCUGUGCGGAAAACAGACAGGAGGUUGUCAGCAUCCUGGCCCAGGGCCAGACGCCCUCCAGCGUUAAGUGACCAUGCCUCUGCCCCUGCUCCCAAUGGCACUCUCCCCAACUCAUCGGACCUCAGCACUGGCCACAUCUGUAAAACUUUGGACUUCUCCCAGAGUGGAGCAGACCCCAGUGGGUCAUCAGGGACAGGGGGGAGUCCAAAGAUCCAGGGGACCUCCCCGGCCCACAACACCAGUUCCUCAGGGAUGACUGCAGGGAGAGUCAACCCUUAUAGUAUAGUAUCCUCAGAAGAAGACGGCUUGCAUUUAGCCACAAUGCCAGGAGCCAAUGGCUUUGGCAAUGGUAAAAUCCACACACGACGGAAGUGUCGCAACCGCUUUGUCAAAAAGAAUGGUCAGUGCAACAUUGAGUUUGCCAACAUGGAUGACAAGUCUCAAAGGUACCUGGCUGACAUGUUCACGACCUGUGUUGAUAUCCGGUGGAGAUACAUGCUGUUGAUUUUCUCUCUUGCCUUCCUGGUUUCCUGGUUGCUCUUUGGAGUGAUUUUCUGGGUUAUCGCUAUCGUGCAUGGGGACUUGGAGAGAUCCUCAGACGAGAGGAACUACAAGCCAUGCAUCCUCCAGGUGCAUGGCUUCAUGGCUGCUUUCUUGUUCUCCAUUGAGACGCAGACAACCAUCGGCUAUGGCCUCCGUUGUGUGACUGAGGAGUGCCCCAUUGCCGUGUUCAUGGUGGUGGUACAGUCCAUCGUUGGCUGUAUCAUAGACUCCUUCAUGAUUGGGGCCAUCAUGGCCAAGAUGGCCAGGCCCAAGAAACGGGCCCAGACCUUGCUCUUCAGCCAUAAUGCUGUGGUGGCCAUGAGAGAUGGGAAGCUUUGCCUUAUGUGGCGGGUGGGGAACCUGAGGAAGAGUCACAUCGUAGAGGCUCACGUCAGGGCUCAGCUAAUCAAGCCAAGGGUCACCGAGGAAGGGGAGUAUAUCCCCCUUGACCAGAUUGACAUUGAUGUAGGUUUUGACAAAGGCUUAGACCGCAUCUUUUUGGUGUCCCCCAUUACCAUCCUCCAUGAGAUCGACGAGGAGAGCCCACUGUUUGGCAUCAGCCGACAGGACUUGGAAACUGAUGACUUUGAGAUUGUGGUGAUCUUGGAAGGGAUGGUGGAGGCCACAGCCAUGACCACACAGGCCAGGAGUUCCUACCUGGCUAAUGAGAUCCUCUGGGGUCACCGAUUUGAGCCCGUCCUGUUUGAGGAGAAAAACCAAUAUAAGAUCGACUAUUCUCACUUUCACAAAACCUAUGAGGUCCCAUCCACCCCCCGUUGCAGUGCCAAGGACUUGGUAGAAAAUAAAUUUUUGCUCCCAAGCACCAACUCCUUUUGCUAUGAGAACGAACUGGCUUUCAUGAGUCGUGAUGAAGACGAUGAGGAGGAGGAUGAUAGUCGAGGUCUGGACGACCUGAGCCCUGAAAACAGACAUGAGUUUGAUAGACUUCAGGCCACAAUAGCCCUCGAUCAGAGAUCUUACAGAAGGGAGUCGGAAAUCUGACCCCUGCUGGUCCAGUCUCUUCCUCUUCUCUUUUCCCCUACAGUCCACCCAGGUUUAUGCAGAACAUUGUUAAGUGCCAUAGGGAUGGUUGAAGAUUUUAGUAGUGUCUUAGUAGUUUCACAUGUUUCAUCGCAAUAACCUUGGAAGGGUUGGCAGGGAGAGGGAUAAGAAGUCACAAGCAGAGCCCUGAGGGUUUAGACUUCCAGCUCUAGCUGUCUGGAGGGUCUUUCCCCAAGAUUCAGUCAGUGGGCUCAGAAGGGGAAAGGUAACGCCGCCCCCAGGGGCUGGACAGGGGCCUCAUUCGGCACUCAGGGCUUUUCCCUUGGAUGCCUGGUAAGAGAGCAAAUAGCUCCGUGAAGUCAAAGGUCACAAAGAAUCUCAGUGUUGCAUAGCCUGGAACCUAAUCAGGUUAGAACAGACUGAGAAUUAACCUUACGCCUGGCCAGGAGACACAGUUGAGCUUGCCUGGGGACGGUAGCUGGUGCAAUGCUGCACACUGGUUUUUAACUUAGCAGGGAGACAUCAGGUUUUUAAUUUUUCAACUUAGCGCU